CGAAGGCGCUAGGUUUUUGCGCGAUCUCUAGUUCUUCCCCGGCUGUGACUUUGAUGAUCGGUCACAAUGCCAAGGUAUUGUAGCUGCGGGUUUCUGCGAUUCUUCUUCGUCCAGCGAUCUAGUAGAUUUCUUUCCCUUCACGGCGCGAUUCGGUCACAGGGCUUAGGCGGCGAGCUGAGAGGGGGUCUGUGAAGGAAAUAUCGCCGAUCCAGGGAUAUCCUGCGGGGAAUUCACGGAAUUUGGCAAGAUUUCGAUCGAGAUGCUGUCGAGGAGCGAUAGCCAUGGCUCCGAUCUCGUGCCGGGCUACGAAUCCGACGAUUUCAACGCGCUCAAGAGGCUUGGGUAUGGCGACAUGGGGACGGUGUUUCUGGCGACGCUGAGAAACACGGGACAGCCCUUGGCGAUGAAAGUGAUGAACAAGGAGGUGGUGAAGGCCCGGCACAACCAGUACCGAGUGGAGAGGGAGCUGGAGAUACUCUCGAUGCUCUCUCAUUCUUUCACGCCCAAGCUUUUCAGCCAUUUCGAGUCCAAGAAGAACAUCUACUUCGUCAUGGAUUACUGCCCCGGGGGUGACAUGAACAGGCUCCGGCAGCGCCAGCCCGAGAAACGAUUCUCGGAGAAUGCCGCUCGAUUCUAUGCCGCGGAGGUUUGCCUAGCGAUCGAGUAUCUCCACAAGUCCGGGAUCAUAUACAGGGAUCUCAAGCCCGAGAACGUUCUCAUCCAGGAAGAUGGUCACAUAAUGCUUACGGAUUUCGAUCUGUCCGUGAGGAUCGAGCAGGACCGUGACCACCACCAUCAUCCUGGAGCUCCAGCUCCAGCUCCAGCUCCGCAGCCCAAGCAAAACAAGAUGAAGAAACUUCCAUUCAUGUGCUCAACGCCCCUGUCAGUGGAUGUCGGAUGCGCUGCUCGCAAGGCGGUGGACGUUAAGCCGUCUCAUCGCCCAACAAAGAAAAUCUUUCCCUCGGAGAUGAGAGGAAGGAAAGGAGCAGCCGCAGCGGCGGCAGCCGCCAAGGAAAUCAAGUCGCAGUCCUUUGUGGGAACCGAGGAGUACGUCGCCCCGGAGAUGAUCCUGGGAUCCGGGCACGGCAAGCCGCUCGACUGGUGGACACUUGGAGUCUUCCUCUACGAGAUGAUCUACGGGGUGACGCCGUUCAAGGGGAGGAACCGGAGGGAGACGUUUCUAAACAUCCUGAGCUCGCAGCCGGCAUUUCCUGGGGACUGGACAGAGGCGAGCGACUUGAUCUCCAAGCUCCUGGCGAAAGACCCGACCAAGAGGCUGGGGUGCCAAGGUGGCGCCGAGGAGAUCAAGUCACACGCUUUCUUCCGGGGCGUGGACUGGGAGGCGAUCCAACACGUCGCCCGUCCGCCGUGGGUUCCGGAGCCUCUGGCGAUUGAUGAGGAGAGGAUGGAGGUGGUGACAGUGGACGAGCUGCUCAAGCAAACGAUGCCGGCAACCACGAUCCAGUCCACCCCGGCCACCACCAUGAGUUGGAGCUCCUCCAAGGUGAGCUCGUCCUCGAUGAGGAAAGAGGAGGAGGAGGAGAUUGACAGCCGGCGUAGCUCCUCGUCGACGAUCUCGUACGAGUUCUCGGAUAAUCGCGAGCGGGAUUGUUUUGGCGAGUUUUGAUGGAGGAUCUGGGAGUGACAAGGUGGGGUCGCUCGCUCGCUGAUCGACUUCUCCCAAGUUUCUCUUUCGUGUACAGCAGCUUAUAGGUGGAGGUAAUCAACACAGGAACAACGACAAGGCAACGACAGGGCAGCGGAGAAAGAAGAUCAAAACGCAAGGGAGGGGGGAAAAAGUAAAUAUCGAUCGAUCGAUUCUUAGUUUUGUUCUUUUUUUUCCUUUCGAUCCUCUCGAUUAGGUGGGAGAUUAUAACGUUGUACAUGAUACAUCUCUUCUUUUUCGGUAUCUUUAUCUCCUUGAUUCUCCAGGAGAAAUUUUUCCCUUUUUACAUGUUUAGAAAAAAUGGCACAAAAAUGUGGCCCUGUAUUUGUUAACCUUUCA